CGCCUUGCAGAGUGAGGAUGUGGCGGGUAUAAAAGCCCCUCCCAGGCCAGCGGACUCCGUUUGGCAUCUGGGGACGCUUGGAGCUCUUGCCGCUCGGCCCAGCUUCUUUCAAAAUGUCUACCGUUCAUGAAAUUCUGUGCAAGCUCAGCUUGGAGGGUGAUCACUCUACACCCCCAAGUGCAUAUGGGUCGGUCAAAGCGUACACCAACUUUGAUGCUGAACGGGAUGCUCUGAACAUUGAAACGGCCAUCAAGACCAAAGGUGUGGAUGAGGUCACCAUUGUCAACAUCUUGACCAACCGCAGCAACGAGCAGAGACAGGAUAUUGCCUUCGCCUACCAGAGAAGGACCAAAAAGGAACUCGCAUCCUCAUUGAAGUCAGCCUUAUCCGGCCACCUGGAGGCGGUGAUUUUGGGCCUGUUGAAAACACCUGCUCAGUAUGAUGCUUCGGAGCUGAAAGCCUCCAUGAAGGGUCUGGGGACAGAUGAGGACUCCCUCAUUGAGAUCAUCUGCUCAAGGACCAACCAGGAGCUGCAGGAAAUCAACAGAGUCUACAAGGAGAUGUACAAGACCGACCUGGAGAAGGACAUUAUUUCCGACACAUCUGGUGACUUCCGCAAAUUGAUGGUUGCCCUUGCAAAGGGUAGACGAGCAGAGGAUGGCUCUGUCAUUGAUUAUGAACUGAUUGACCAAGAUGCCCGGGAUCUCUACGAUGCUGGAGUGAAGAGGAAAGGAACUGAUGUCCCCAAGUGGAUCAGCAUCAUGACUGAGCGGAGUGUGUGUCACCUCCAGAAAGUAUUUGAAAGGUACAAGAGUUAUAGCCCUUAUGACAUGUUGGAGAGCAUCAAGAAGGAGGUCAAAGGUGACCUGGAAAACGCUUUCCUGAACCUGGUUCAGUGUAUUCAGAACAAGCCUCUGUAUUUUGCUGAUCGGCUGUAUGACUCCAUGAAGGGCAAGGGGACUCGGGACAAGGUCCUGAUUAGGAUCAUGGUCUCCCGCAGCGAGGUGGACAUGUUGAAAAUUAGGUCUGAAUUCAAGAGAAAGUAUGGCAAGUCCCUGUACUACUACAUCCAGCAAGACACCAAGGGCGACUACCAGAAAGCGCUGCUGUACCUGUGUGGCGGAGACGACUGAAGCCCGAAAUGGCACGAGCAUCCAGACGCGGUGUCCCCUAUGCUUCCAGCUAAGAGUUCUAGAAAAUCAGCUUGCAGCUAAUAGCCUCUUAUACUCAUCCCAGUGAGGAUGAUGUCAGCAUUGGUCCCCCUACCUUAUUUUAGUGGCCUAAAUGUUGCCUGGCUUUCCGCCGAGUCUAUCCUUUUAGCCAAAGAAUGAACAUUCCAAGGAGUUGGAAGUGAAAUCUAUGAUGUGAAACACUUAGCCUCUUGUGUACUGUGUCAUAAACAGAUGAAUAAACUGAAUUUUUACUUUAGAAACAA